CCCAACUUUGACCGCUCCUAUAUAUUACUUCACAUUUUUCAUUUCUCACAAUAACGGCUUUCUUUCUUUCUUCUUCUUCUUGUUUUCUUUCUUCUUCUUGAUUUCUUGUUAAUUUUUGGAUUAUUUACAUUAGAAAGAGGACAUGACGAUGACCCACGGCAGGUGUUCGUCAGUUUCAAGUGCGAUGACGAAGAGACAAGCAAUGGCGGCGGAUUCAUUGGCAUUGGAGAAUAAUCAGGCCGGAAAUUUGAAUGCUGGAUCGUCCAAGAAACGACCGGUACAUGCAUUUGUCGCUCCCAAAAUUAUAGGUGGGAAAAAUGCUCUGUCUCCAGUUGGGGAACUUGGAAUGGUAGAGAUGACCAGGCUCUAGAACUAAUUGAUGUUUGCUAUGAGCAGGUGUGAUUGGCUUCUCCUUGAAUUUUUCUGAUUAUGUGCAUAGUAGAUCCAUGUUUCGCUGUAACUUUUCCUCAACCACCCCAGCGCUGGGUUGUAAGUAGCCUAUUUACAAUAGAAGGAAUAAAAAAAACCUUCCCAAUACGCCGAAUAACCUCCGUGACAAGCUGUAUGCAGAAGCUUAUAUAUUAAAAAUAGCACCAUAACAGUGCUAUCAGUAAUUACAAGCCCAAACUUCUGUAUAGAAGUGGAACACAAAAAGUGGCUUUCACCUUUACUAAGAAGACGAGUCACUCCUAUAGUCCUUUUAGGUUUGUAAGUACUAGCAAACACAGAAAUUUUUAAAAGUUUUCAUGUUAGUGGAAGACUCUGCAUGUGGUAGCUUCACAAAGCAGAACGAUAUCAAACUCAAAAACAAGUAGAAGGCUGCAGUAGGUUAAUGGCUAGUGUGACAUAGUCUUAGGUUUGAUGAAUCAUUUCUACUGAAUAGACUGAAUAUGAACUAUUACUCAAAGGAUUCAUGUAGCUGACCUCAACUAAUUUGUGAUUAAGGCAUAGAAGAUUAUUUAUGUCGAUUUCUUACUUUGAAGGGAACAUUAGCUUUCAAAAUGGAAGAAGCUAAAGAAAAUCGAUUAGAAUUUUAGCUUUCAUCAAAAGGAUAAGCGGGAAUUAUAGGACAAAUUACAUAUUCCCGUGUUACUUUUAUCUCUUUCAAACAAAGAAAAUAAAAAUAACUCUGUUAGGUUCCUCGUUCAAUAUCCAUGUUCUCAAUAAUAACUACACUAUCU